AUGCCGCUGGUGGAAAUAAUAGCAAGCGGCAGCACCGCCGGCGUCAAGAAAGCCGGCGUCGGGCGCAAGCGCGCAGUGGCCGCCAACCACCCCGCGAACGCGAAACCCGCCGACUCCGCCGUCGUCAAGCGCGCAAUCGCGCGACGCAUCGCCGAUCUCGAGCGCGAAAACUACAAUGACGCUGUUAAGAUUGAUAUUCCGAAGCGGCAGGGGGGCAGCAGCAGUGGUGCGGGGCCGAGUGUCUCGGGUAGGACGCCGGGCGUGAGGAAGCUUUUGCAGUCGAAGAAGGUGUUGCAGAAUUUGGUUGAUGAGGACGAGGCUGGCGCGAGUGAGGUCGCGGCCGUGAUGGCGGGCGCGUCGCUUUAUCCUGCGCGAAAGAUCUGCAGUGUGUGCGGGUAUUGGGGUCCUAUUACCUGCGUCAGAUGCAGAGCACGGUAUUGCUCGAUGGCGUGCGAAGAUACGCAUAGGGAGACUAGGUGUUUGAAGGUGUAUGCCUAG